AUGGACACACCUAACAGUCACUACCUCCCACCACCCUGACUGAAUCUUUCCUUUUAAGUAACAUAACAUGAUCACCUAACUCAACCUUUAUUCAUCAAUUUGUAUCUCACACUUUGUUACUAAAUUUCAGGGUCUUAAUUAUUAUUAUUUUGUUUGUGUUCAACAACAUUAACAAGAUUACAAGUUUUGGGUAGAUCUCAAAGUGGUUUUAAACAAUGGUUGGGCCGGCCAAUGGUGGUAGAACAGUGACAUCAAGACAGGUUUUGUCAGUUGUUAAUGGUGGCCAAGACCCGAUUAUCAGGGUCGGGCCGGCGAGCAUUGCUAGUUCGGAUUGUGGAGGGAUUGAAUUUACUAGAGAAGAUGUUGAAGCAUUGUUGAGUGAGAGGAUCAAACCCAAGAAUAAGUUCAGUCUCAAGGAGAAAUGUGAUGCUAUGGCUGAUUAUAUAAAAAGACUCAAAAUGUGUAUCAAAUGGUUCCAAGAACUUGAAGCGGAUUUGUUAUUAGAGCAAGACAAACAUUGGAAAAUGUUGGAAACUGCAGAAAAGAAAUGCAAUGAUAUAGAAAUGGUAAUGGGUCAAAAGGAAGAAGAACUUAAUUCGAUAAUUGUCGCGCUGCGCAAGAAUUACACUGCCUUACAAGAGAAACUUGCAAAAGAAGAAUCCGAUAAAUUGGCUGCAAUGGUAUCGUUAAACAAAGAGAAAGACGCACGAUUGUCUGUAGAAAGAUCACAAGCUCCCAUCAAGGAAGAACUUGAAAGAGCUCAAAGAGAAAGUUCAAGUGCUAAUCAAAAGAUAUUAUCACUUAAUGAUAUGUACAAAAGACUGCAAGAAUACAACACGAGCUUACAACAAUACAACAGUAAGCUUCAAGCGGAGCUUAAUCAAACCAACGAAAUCCUUAAAAACGUAGAAAAAGAAAAGGUUGCGGUUUUGGAGAACCUCAGCAACUUAAGAGGCUACUGUACUUCUUUGCAAGAUCAGUUGACUGCUACUAAAGAAAGUAAUGAUGAGGCAAUGAAGCUUAAAGACGCGUUAGCGAGUGAAGUUGGAUGCCUAAGAUUGGACUUACAACAAGUGAGAGAUGAGCGUGAUCGCCAGCUGUCACACGUUCAAGAGUUAUCAGCUGAAGUGUUGAAAUACAAAGAGUUGACUGGAAAGUCAGCAGAUGAAUUGGGCAACCUUACAACAAAGUCAAACGAGCUCGAGGCAAGAUGUGCUUCACAAAGUGAUCAAAUAAAGAAAUUGCAAGAAAAACUCGAUGCUGCUGAGAAUAAACUAGCGAUGUCUGAUGUAUCGGCAUUUGAGAUAAGAACAGGAUAUGAAGAACAAAAGAGAGUUAACUCCGAGUUACAGUUUCGUUUAGACGAGGCAGAAUUAAAACUUGUCGAAGGAGAAGCCUUGCGCAAAAAGUUGCAUAACACAAUACUGGAAUUGAAAGGGAAUAUAAGAGUUUUCUGUAGGGUACGACCUUUAUUGCUUGAUGACGCCGCUGACAAUGAACCAAAGGCGGUUUCUUUUCCUACAACCACAGAAAAUCUUGGUCGCGGCAUUGAAUUGUUGCAACAUGGGCAAAAACAUUCUUUCGUAUUCGAUAAGGUAUUUGUACCGGAAUCUUCACAAGAAGAGGUGUUCGUUGAGGUCUCACAGCUUGUGCAGAGUGCUUUGGAUGGUUAUAAGGUUUGUAUCUUUGCAUAUGGUCAAACAGGGUCGGGAAAAACGCAUACAAUGAUGGGUACGUCUGGAAAUGAUGAUGAUAAAGGAUUAAUACCUCGUUCGUUAGAACAAAUAUUUGAGUCCAGACAAACGCUACAAAACCAAGGGUGGAAGUAUGAAAUGCAGGUUUCUAUGCUGGAAAUAUAUAAUGAGACAAUACGCGAUCUGUUGACAAUAAACCGACCGGGUUCAACCGAAGCGCGUACUAAGCAGUAUGUAAUUAAACAUGAUGCAAAUGGGAACACGCAUGUUUCUGACCUGACCGUAGUUGAUGUACGCAGCAGUAGAGAAGUUUCGUUUUUGUUAAACCGUGCUGCACAAAGCAGAUCUGUGGGUAUGACUCAAAUGAACGAACAAUCGUCAAGAAGCCAUUUUGUGUUCACCAUGAGGAUAACGGGUGUUAAUGAGAGCACAGAGCAACAAGUGCACGGCGUUCUUAACCUUAUUGAUCUUGCGGGUAGUGAACGUCUUUCCAAAAGUGGGUCAACCGGAGACCGUUUGAAAGAAACUCAAGCCAUUAACAAAAGUUUGUCAUCGUUAAGCGACGUUAUAUUCGCUUUAGCAAAGAAGGAAGAACAUGUGCCAUUCAGGAACUCAAAACUUACAUAUCUUCUUCAGCCUUGCUUAGGUGGUGAUUCCAAGACUUUGAUGGUGGUAAAUGUUUCUCCUGCACCGAGCUCUAUUAACGAGUCACUUUGUUCUCUUCGGUUUGCUGCAAGAGUUAAUGCUUGCGAGAUUGGAACGCCUCGAAGACAAACCUCUGUGAAGCAAUUGGAUGCUCGAUUCAGUCAUGGCUAAUGAUUUUGCAGUCAUAAAUAUCAACAGGAUAUGUAGUAGAUUUUUGAGAUUCUAACAGUUUGGCGUUCAUGUGUAUACUGGAAAGAAAGAUGAAGAGCAAUAGUUAGGUAAUGAUUUGCUGGAACAACUAUAAUUUGAUUGAUUUUCUUGGUUUA